GUCCAGCUGAGCGUCGUGUAUAACGGGCCAAGCCGGACUUGGUAUCAUUCGAACACUAAGGAGAGUCUACUCUUUGCGUUUUUUUUUUUCUCCCACACAAUAUAUUUGCACAGAGAGGCUGCACAAAAAGCGGAGCUUGGCUAGCUUGUCAUAAUUAAAAAGGGCCUUGCUUGAUAAAUUUUAAAAUCAAAUCUUAUGGUUUACACCCUUAGAUUGGGCGGACAGCAUCGGCUGUGCAUCAAUGGAGAUACUUUCAAAAAGACCCGCAGCAGAAUCCUAUCGCUAUAAGGCAUCGCGUUCUUCUCCAGCACCUAGCAGGAUGGUGUCCGACACUUUCUCCCUGUCGUCUUAUAAAACCUAUCCUGCUAAUCGAUGUUCCGUCAACACUCCUGCACGUCACACGCCCCAAACAUUCACUCGGCAUUCAUAUCGUCCAGCAUCACCCAGCAAAGCUUUUCCAGAGAGCAGUAGUGCAGCGAUCUUAUCUGCCUUGAGGAACCUCCAAGAGAAGAUUAGGAGGCUGGAGCUUGAGAAAGAGCGAGCAGAGUUGAGCCUUUGCACUUUAUUGAAGGAUGGACGUCUGCAAAGUGACAGCCCCGUGCAAAGACUCCUUACUGAGGAGGAUGAGGACAUAGACAGAAAAACAAGUGAGCAGUCAAACCAUAAAGAAGUGCUGAUCACCCACCUUGCUGCUGCAGAGAAUCGUUGUGAGAAGCUGGAAGGACAGCUGGAGCAGAUGAAGAGGAUGUUGCCCAGGACAGAAAGGACCAGCUCGCCCAACCAGGAGGUGAACUCAGUGGCUUUAACAGAGAGACCUGGUACAAGUGGUCAGCAGCCUGAUGGAGUGAGCGAGCUUGCUCAGUUGGAAAAGCUGGAAAAACUUGAGCAGGAAUAUCUCAGGCUGACUCGCACACAGGAAAAUGCAGCGGUGAAGAUCGGCGCGUUGGAAAGAAAGAUACAAGAAGAGGAGCACCACAGAAGGCUCAUUCAGGAUAAAGCCAAUCAGCUGCAGACAAGUAUGGAAGCCAACAGAAUGCUGCUGCAGUCCGUUUCUCCACGUUUCUCCUUCAGACAAUCCAAAGAGAAGAAAUCCAGCUCAAAGCAACCUUCUCCAAAACACACAGAGCCUCACUACAGACUGAGCCUGAGAGACAUACCAUUCGUCACUGGAACGUCGGUCGCCUGCAGCCACUCGGUCAGAGCCAACGUUCAGGCAGUCUUGUCCCUCCUGAAGCGGCACCAGCCUCACCUCUGCAACAAACGCGUCCUGUCUCACAACGCAGACCACUCCGAAACGAGCAGCCAGUCAGACACUUCCUCCUCCUCCUCCUCGUCCACUUGCGGAGACGAACUGUCGGAGCUGCUGCAAGCCCUGCAGGAGGAGCUGUACCUCAUGAGCUUGGAGCACGGUGAGUUGAUGAAGCAAAUGGAAGAGAGCGCCUCUGAAAAGGAAAGGGGAGCGCUUCAGAGGGAGCAGGACAGGCUGCUGCUGAGGAUGGAGAGUAAAGAAGAACAGAUCAGUAAGCUCUGCAAGCACAAAUCACAGAUAAAGAAGUUAAGAAAGAAGCUGAAGUCUGAGAACAACAGUCGAGCUGAAGAAAGACUCGCCACCAGAGGGCGCUCUGAAGCGCCAACUAAAGCUCAACUCGCUGAGAGAAACAAGAGGAACCUGACGCUUCUGAGGGAUAUGAGAGCUCUGCAGAACUCUUUACAGACCUGAAACUCACUUACAAUAUAUUCAUAACAUAAUCUGUUUACUGCUUUUGGUGCUAUUCUUCUACCUCUGACUAUUCUAGUUCUUAACUGAAUCUGCCUGGAGCUGAAAACCCACUACACACAACAGGAAGAUUCACUGCUUUCAUCUUCUUUAUGAGGUUAUUGGUACCUCGGCAGUCGGAUUUUCUGAGUUCUUACUUAGUACUAGAACAAGGACAUCGACUAAAGUCAAAAGUCCAACAAGGGACGUCCAAGGUCUUCAAGUGGCCUUCAGUUUAGUGUCUGAGGUGGCUGCCAUUCACAUAGAAUAUCAUGAAAGUUGCCUGUUGCUAAAUAAUUUAUGAUUUUUAAAUUACAUUCCUUAGUUUGUGCUAUGAUCAGGUUCUUCUUUUUAAAAUGUAGCGUUUUAUUGAAACGGAAACUGAAUAUUUCCAUGGAGCGUCUUCAGCUUCCCUCUCUCUGACCAGCAGAGGGUGGGAAAGUGUAGCGACGCACUUCCAGAUUGAUUUUUGAUGUACAAGGGUGAAGCAAACUAAGAGUGCUUUGAUUUUUUACAUUUUCUUUAAACAGAGUAUAAGAUAUAUAUAUAUGUAUAUAGACAGUUUCAGAUAUCUCUUGUCUUCAAUUAAAUUCAUAAUUACUCAAAACCUAUAAAGAAGAGCUGGACAUAUCGUUCUCUCAUAUUAAAUAAAACUAUCAACAUCAGCUCUC